GAGAGAGAGAGCGAUGAUGGAUGAACAAUACCUUGAGGAGUGGGAUGAGGUAUUUCUUCAGGAAGCCUUUAAUGCCAUGGACAAGGCGGCGACGCAAUCACCGGCUCCUUCUGCUCCAGCGAUUGUACCACCUCCGGCUCCGUCUCCGGCUCCGGCGACGAUUUCGUCGUCUUUACCUCACCCUGUGCCUUUACAAUCCGCGGGAAAACGAGGGAAAAUUCCAGCUCGUGAUCCUUUCCUCAGCUAUUCUCCACCGAGAGUACUCUCUCAAAGAGUAAGCGGUUUCAGUGACGCGUUAGUGGAUUGCCCCAACUCUUCGGUGGUUACUGUUCGACCAAUCUCUCCGAGUUCUUCGACUCGUCGCUGUGAUAGCGAGAAAGAUCUCGAAAUCGAUCGGCUAAAGAAGGAGCUGGGACGUGUCUCGAAGCAGCUACUGGAUAUGCAACAAGAAUGCUCACAGCAUAUAAAGGGGAAAAACAAAGAGACACAGACGAAAAACUCGCAUACUGAAACUAAUGGGCGAGGUGAUACAGUUCAUGCUUCUAAGAGAACUAACUUGGAACCAGAUGUUGCAACUUCAGUAAAUGAUGGAGAGAACGGUUCAACAAUGGCGGUAGAUGAUAAAAGAAGCUUCAAGACCACUGGUGUUCAGGCGGAUCUGGCCAAUCAUGCUGACCUUUCAAAGAAACUGCUUGAUAUCUGGAGCACCUCACAUUAUCAAGAUCCGAGGAAAAAUCUAAUAUCAGAGUUGCUACAGGCUUGUUCAACAGAUCUCCAGAUUCUCUUCAGUUUUAUGGAAAUGAGUACGCCUCCCCAAGAAAAAGAAAAAGAAAAACAGGCAGUGAAAUCCUCGUCGAAUAUGCAAUCUUCCAAAGCAUUAGAAUCUGUAAAAGUUUAUCAGUUGUACUCUGCUGUAACAAAGAUCAGCUAUGGGUUGGUAAAUAUGAAGACCUUGGUUGAACCACUACUUAAUCUUUGUAAGGCGGAAAAUGCCAUUCUUGUUUAUAGAUCUCUACAUGUACUACAUGUUCUGUUGGAACAUAUAUGUGGUUUUGAAAAGAGAUUUGAAGCCAGUGCUCUCUAUACAGGUGAGGAGGCCAGCUCUAGUGAGGUCGCCGAAAUUCACGAAUACAAAGGUAGAAGGAAGACUAACUUGACCAUUGGAGAGUCAGUUUACUCAAGUAAUAUCCCAUUACAGGGAAGAUCUGAUGCGGAGUCAAGCAAUAAGAGUCAAAGAGAUAGUGAUACAGCUCAGCCAAGUUGGGAUCCAAACUGGCAUUCUUUGUUUGAAUUGAUGAACCAAAUAUGUAGUAGAAGAACCGAAGCGAAUGUGAAACUGGAAGCAGUGUCAAUAAUGAACAUAAUCGUGAUGAGAACUGAUGCUUUUACAGAGAGAGAAACUUUUGUCUCGAAGGAAGUGUUUGGGAGCAUUUCAUUACUUUUAAGAAAGGAAGCUGGUUUACGUGUGCGGAAACAAGCUAUUCAUCUUUUCUACUUGCUGCUCAACUGCCCUAAACUACUAGCAAGAUUUGAUUCUCUUCAAGAUGAGAAGAAGUCAUCGGCUUCUGGAAACGUCACCGAAGGAAUCCUCUUUGCUUUGGAAGCAUUUGGUAUGAUCUUUGAAGGUCUAGCAGAUUGUCUAACUUCUCCCAGAAAGACAUCAGAGGAUCUGAAUCUCUGUCGAAAUGUCAUAAUGAUCUUGGCUUUAGUAGCUUCUUCAGGAAACUCUGGCUAUGAACUACUCUCCAAUCACAAACUACCUCAAGACACCAACUUUUUAAUGCUGAUACUGCAUCUGUUAGUAGCGGAAGUAGAGUCGGAAUCAACAGAGUUCCACCCAAAAGCAGAUUUUUUCAAAGCGAGGACACUAUUGAUGAGAGAGAUACUGAUAUUACUAAACAGGCUGGUCUCUGGCUCUUCAAGCUCAUCUACUAUUUUAAGGGAAUUAACAAAGAGCAGAGACAUGGCGAGUCUAACGGUUGAUGCAGCGACAAGAUUAUCUCGUAAAAGAAACUUACUUGGACAACCAGAAAACAGUGUUCAGAGAAUGAGGACAUUGGAAAUCACGGAUUUAGCACGCAUUUUCAAGAGACGGGUUUUCGCUUUCUUAGGUGACAAUACUUGAUAGACACGAAUCUCAUCAUCGGUGUGUUGGUGAGAAUUGAGUUUCCUUUUUUUGUGAGCAUGUAUAUAUCUGCCAAUUUUGAUUGAGGACGCAGCUUCCAAUGAUGAGACCCUCUUUUUAUGCUAUUAGAUUUAAUUAU